AAACAAACUUAAAAUUCUGCUUCUGUCUGCAUUUCACUCUUGUCUCUGUUCACAGCCUGAAGUUCCUGCAGGUGUGUCUUUCCAGCUUUUUUGCAUCUCAGUGCCUUCAGCUUCUUACAAGGGAGCUUUGAAAACUUUGGGGGUUGUGUUGAUUUUAAGAAGUUCUCUCUGAGACUGCUGUAACACCUGGAGUUCAUGAUCAGCUGUUUUAAUAAAAAAACCCAUGGUCCUGCCUUCUCCUAAAUCUUCAUUGACAAAGGGUUUCAAUCACUCUUCUGGACUCUUGUCUUUCUUAUUCCUGUGCCUUGUUCACAAUCCACAUCCCUUUUGGUUAUAGCAGCUUUCCAGCUGAUUUCUCACCAGAUCCUCUUUCUGUCACCUUCUCCUGGCUAUGUCCUCUGCUUCCCUUGCUCUUCCCACAGCAGUGCACAUUCUGCCUGGUGUGAUGCAGGUUGGAGCGUGAAACCCAUUUAGUUUUGCUGUGAGACAAAAAGGUGUUUGAUUUCUACAGGGAAGUUUCAGCCUUUCUGUUUGGUUUGUGUUUCUAACCUGGAAGGAAAGGCCUUAAGUUGGAAGUUUGUAGAGACCCAGAAACAGCACCUGCUUGGAGGAGUGAAGCUGAGUUUCGCUCUCUUUGCUUCCUCAUCUUACUCUCUUGAUUGCCAUGCUCCAGAUUGCUUUUUCCCUGGAUCUGGCUUCCUUCUGGACAAGCCUUUUACAGCCCCUCACGCCAUGGCAUUGCAUCUGUCUCUGUAUCUGCACUGACUCUUCAGCAAUCCAGUUCUCUUCCUAAGUGGGACCCAGUCUGCUGUUCUCCUGUCCUACCUGACUGUGUUCAAGGAUGUUACUUUAGAAUCUUAGAUGUAAAGAAUUUAUGGGGUUAUUUGAUAACUGGGGACAAAAUUGUCAUUAAUGCCACAUAACUGUCAUCAGGGCAACUGAAUGGGUGACUUCAUUACAGCAAGGUGUUACAAAUGUAGACCAAUUCCUGCCUUAAUAAUUAAUGAACUAGUGACCAGUGUUUGUUAGAAAGUGGUUUUAUUUUUCUUUGUGCAUGUGGUGUUAAGAAAUAUCAAAUGAGGUUAGGAAGUAACUUGGGGGAGUUUUUGCUGCUUCUUUCUUCUAAUUUUCUUAUAAUUCUUGUUUUGCAAGACUCUGCACAUCUUACCCCCAUUUCCAGCUUCCCUGUUCUCUCUGUGAGCUGGCAUUGAACCCUCUGGCUGUGCUGUGCUUUGGAUGCCCUUUGUUCAUGAGCAGUCUUGUUUCAUUUGGUGGUUCUCAAUUCACAGAACAUUGUAAAAUGCUGUCAUGGUUUGAGGAUCAAAGCUCAAAUUCCUCACUGCUGUCUUGGAGGGGUUUUCAGUGCAGUGGGAGGCGCAACUGGACUGCGGCCAGGGACCUGCAGAGAUACAGAAACCAUUACCCAGAUUUGAAAGAACCAGAGUAUGAGGAGGAAGAAGAGAUGUGGAACUUAAGCUUUUAUAAAAAUGAGAUUGCUUUUCUGCCUCACGGUGUGUUUAUUGAAACUCUGCUUUCAUGUUGGGGGGACAAGUACGAAACGCUGGAAGAAAACCAUUCUUACAUACAGUGGCUGUUCCCUUUGCGUGAACAUGGGAUGAACUGGCAUGCCAGGCAGCUCACCUGUCAGGAAAUCAAGGCCUUUAGGAAGUCCAAAGAAGUUAUGGACAGGUUUAUCCGUGCUUACAAGAUCAUGCUGGGAUUUUAUGGAAUCAAUAUGGUCAACGAAGAAACUGGAGAACUUGAGAGAGCAGAGAAUUGGCGUGAACGAUUUGAAAACUUGAACAGGUUCAGCCACAACAAUUUGAGGAUUACUCGCAUCCUGAAGUGCCUGGGGGAAAUGGGAUAUGAAGACUAUCAAGUGCACUUGGUGAAGUUUUUCCUCACAGAAACUCUUGUCGAGGAGACAUUACCAAAUGUCAAGAGAAGUGCCUUGGAUUACUUCUUGUUCACUGUCAGAAGCAAAGAGAAGAGGAGAGAACUUGUCCACUAUGCUUGGCAACACUUCAAACCUCAGAGCAGCUUUGUGUGGGGGCCUCGUGACAAACUCCAGAAGUACAGACCCCGCUCUGCCAAGCCACAGCGACACCAAAGGCCCGAGGAUAAACAGGACACUCUGUGUCAAAAGUGUGAUUCUGUGGAGAAGGAUCAGAACCAGUCUCCAGAGGUGGAACAGAAAGCUGGAGAUGCUGCAAAGUUGCAGCCUGAAAUGAGUGAUGAACACGUGAAGAAGAUAAGCAAAUAUGUUUUGAUGGUAGGAGAUGAUGAAGAGAAGAAAGCAGCUUUAUUUGCCCAGCUGGAGGAAAAGGAUUUAAAAAGUGAAGCUGAAGAAGUGCAUGGUACAGCAGAGAAUGACUGCACAAAGGAGAGCAAGAAGAGAAAACUGAAUGCAAAUCUGGCAGAUGCUAAAGGAGAUGGAUCAUUGAAAACCUCUGCUGAUAUUGAAAACAUUUCCCAUAAUCUGGGAGAGUGUGCAAUUGAUGCAGAGAUCCCCUCCUCAGACCCAGUCUCCCAGGCAGAAGAGAAGCAGGAAGCACUGAAGGAAGAAGAUUCAAGCACCAAAGAGCCGGCGGCGCCGGAGGCCACGGACGCAGCUGUGAAACGCAGGAAAGUUGAUAAAAAAACACUGAGAAACAAACCAGUCAGCUUGGCCAUAAACCUGAGCAUGGAGCCCUCAGCCUCUGAUGCCAAGGCAAAUCCUGCUGCUAACGGUGAGGCUGGAGAAGAAAAUGCCAGUGAGAAAAGUGCAGAUGUGGAAGUGCCAAGUGAGAAGGGGGGUGGUGAUGCAGGUGAUGGGGCUGUGAGAUCCCCGGCUGAUGCCAGGGCCCCCAGGACUGGCUGCACUGCUCCAAGCAAGGAUGGCUGGAAGUCGAGUGGAGCUCAAGACUCAGCAGGGGAUGAUCAGCACCACUGCAACAGCAAACUCCAGGGGGGUGAAAGUGAACUAGAUGGGCUAGAACAGCAGGAAAUGGAAGGUGAGAAAGGACAAGCAGAGGACACAGACAAGAAGCAAGCUCCAGAGAGUCAUGAGCAGAGCACGACACCCACUUGUCCUGAAGAAAGCAGUGCUGAGGUCCCACCAGAAAAAGGUGAAGGCUCUGAGGAUGCAGCAGAGUGUUGUGGAGAGCAGGGAGCAGCAGAGUGAGAGCAGCACAGCAAGUGCCCGAGCCAGCGGAGAUGACACUGCCCUGUCUGCUGGGACCCAGCUUUGGUGGCUUGGAGAACUGAAUAAAUGUCCUGUGGGAUGAUCCAGCUUGCCCCUAUCUUGCUUUCCACUCUUCCAUGUUUUUUUAAUCAUCUCUAGUAAACUCACUGAGAUCCAGUUCUUGGUUACCCUGAAGAGGAAAACUCUUCAUUUGCUCAUCUUCACGGACAGGCCAUGUCCUGUUCCUGGGUUUUAUCUGAUGUUCAGGGCUAUCUUGGAGCAACGGGGAUUUUUGCACUUUGCUUUGAUUCUGGUAAUGUCCCUGCUGAAAGAGAAGAGGAAAACUGAUCUGUCUCCUUGUUUGAAUUACUUAACUUUUAUUAAAGACACAAUUUUUAAUGUAAGACAGCAUGACCUACUUUUUGCCAGGCCUUUCUACUGCUGUGUAACUUCUGUUUGUUAUUGUGAAAGGCUGUACCUUACCAGGAGAUUUUCCUGGCAAAAGUGCUAUUUCUCUAAAAGAGAUGAGUACAUGGAUUUCACAUGAUGUCAGUAUAGAUGUCUCUCCUCCUGUAAGGAAAGUAGGUUUGGCUUUAGACUGGCAUAAAAAACUGUAGCCAAAACGUGUCUCUGACCAGCAUGAACCUUUGUGUACUGAUUCUGUUCUCUGAGGUGCAGAGUGCUGAGUAAUUAUUUCUCUUUAUCCCCACAGAGGUUGCUUUGUAGUUCUUGUUAGAGUUGAGACUACAAAUUGCCUACUGGUUUCUAAGAGUAAAAGCUCCAAGUUUUGCAUAAAACUCUUCAGAGUGCUCUUCCCCAGAUUUUCCCACCACUUUUAGACCCUUUAUAGUCUUCCACAGAUUUUUGUGUCCAUGACUGUUUCAAAGGCCCUUGUCUUUCAGUUGCCAAAGCAGCACAAAUACUUCCCAGUGCAUUUUUUUCAGCUUUUGCUGGUAAUUUGCAGUGGCCUGGGGAGGCUCUUUCCUGCAGGCCAAUGGCAUGAUGUUUGAUGUGUCAGAUCCAACCUUUUUCCUACUUAGGGCAGGGUUGCUUUGCCUUUAAUGUCAGACAGCCAGGGCAUGUUCCAGUGCAGCAUGUCUGGAAACCACUGGGCUUUGUGGGGCAGUUAAUUGAAACGUUAAUUGGAGAGGCUAUGCUUGUCUGGUUCGUUUAUUUCCAGCCCUCAAGAAUUUACUUUCAGACCUUGCCAGCUCUUUGCCUGCCUCAGUGUUCCUGACCUCCCUGUCAGCUGUUCUGCCACACUUACACAAUAUUCCACCGAGGCUGAAGGAGCAUUAAAACAGUUUAGCACCUUCACUCCUACAAAUUUACAACAGAGGAUCUGUUUCAUGAAGCAGAGAAAAUUGUUAGCAGCAGCCCAAAGGUCUGAACUUGCUGUUUGCUCAGGUUGUUUGGGUUGGUUUUGAGGUUCUUUGGUGCUGUUUGGUUUCUGUUGAAGAUGGUCAGAGAGCAGAUACAGCAGCUUGUGCAAUGUCAGUGUUUUUCCUCUCUGCUACAGCUCUUAAGAAGCUUUAUCUUUCAAGGAAUUUCAAGGAGGGGUGAUUUGUCUUCCCAGACUGUAGAUUCUGAUCCAGCAUGCCACAUAUGUGUGUGGAAAUAAAAGUCUGCAAGCUUAACAUCUGAUGUUCAGGGUCACAUAAGUACUGAAAAAAGGCUUUAAUGUUUUUUAAAUACUUCUUUCUUCUUGAGAACAGAUGGAGUUAAAUAGCCAAUAAGAAUACACUUAACUACAGAUAUAAAUACUUGAAGAUGAUGAGUGAUAAUUCUUUCCUAACGGAUUCCUAAGAAUUGUUAAUUGUGGCUUUUGUACAGAUUUAUAGUAAUUUUCUUAUUUAAUGAACUUCUCAUUGUGAAUAUGUGCUCAUUUGGGGCAUUGAUCCUAUAUCUUGCUAUGGUGAGGUUUGGUUUUGUGUUUAAUGGGAUUUCACUGUGAGCCCCAGCCUGGAGUGAGUGCUCAGACCAGCCCCUUCCCUCCUACCAGGUUUAGUUUUGGCUGUGGGUGUGUGUGGUGAGUUCACAAAGUGUUUCCCAGCACUCAGAGCUGUAUCACAGAUUCUGUUAUGUUAAUUCCCCUAUUAAAGCAUGACUUUAAUGCA